AUGCGCAUGGAUGUCUCGCCGCGCCCGCCUUCCAUCCCCUCCGGUGUGAGCAUUCGCUUGGAGGAUCUCUUGGAUCAGGUGCACAGCCUCCGCUACGCGAGCAGCCCCAAGCCCUGGCUGGACACAGAAGGAAACUUCCUUUGGUCCCGCGGGAGGAUCAAUGCCGCCCGCGUGGUCCUGUCCCAGGCAUUCGAGACCUGCAUGGGGCUGAUCAUCCUCGCGAACAUGGGCCUUCUCGCGUUCGAAGCCAACCAGGAUGCCAAGUGCUACCCCAGCUACGCCGAGACUUUCCAGGACUGCCCCUACCGCAGCGAUGCCAUCGACUGGUCGGAAGAUCUCAGCACCGCACUGCUGCUGAUCUACUCCUUGGAGUGCCUCGCACGGGCCUUCGUGGAGCGCCAAAGUUACCUCUGCAACCCUUGGAACAGCCUGGACUUUGCGACCGUUCUCGUGGGCUGGUCGGGCAAAGUCUUCACCACGACGCUCAACAUCACCUUCCUGAGAUCCUUUCGCCUUAUGACGCGCAGCUGCUUAGUGGGCAACCUUGAAGUAUUCGUUGCCCGGAGUUGA